AUGUCAGGCAUGGUGUUAGGCAUCUCGAAGAAGACCUUUCUCAAGCAACAUGUUGUCCCCUCUUCUCCCUAUGACAAGUUCAACGACGAUAUUUGCGCUUUCUCUCCGUUGUUCGGACCAUCUGCCGUAGUCACUUUCGACGAUAUUGUCCUGGGAAUUGUCCAGAAAAUCGAAGCGGUAUCACUCCAAGUCUCCUAUCUCUUCGAUCCGCUACCAACCCCAGUAAACACCUUUCUUCGCUUCCUGUGGUACCGCCACUGCCUGCUAUACUAUGCGGAGCUUGUUGUCGACCGCUGCACGAACGUGGGUGUCCGUAACCCGGCUUUGAACUUGAGGCGCCUGACGCUGGUCAUGACUCUACUACGUCUGUGUGUUAGCUUCAAGUACAGCCUUGCGCUUUCCAUCGCAAUGGUUGUAGUAGCCUUACUAUUCGGUGCACACGGCGAGUUCAGCAACUUGAAAGACCGGAUCAUGUUCUUCGGCAUCAUGCUUGUGGCCAUCUUGCUCUGGAGCGUUGUGGUUGAAGAUUACAUGGAAUGA